GAGAGAGAAGGCAGAGAGACGAGCGAGACUGUAGGAUUUCCAAGGCUUGCUUCAACAAUACAGACACCUGACCCAAUCAGAGAAGUGUAUUCAUCGUCUUGAAGUCCCGCCCCACCCUCGAGAUGAACAGAGUGGCCAAGGACCCCAGGAAACCCAAGGGCAAGAUGUCGGCCUACGCCUACUUCGUCCAGACCUGCCGCGAGGAACACAAGAAGAAGAGCCCAGAGAUCCCAGUCAACUUCGCAGAGUUCUCCAAGAAGUGCUCCGGCAGGUGGAAGACGAUGUCGGGGAAGGAGAAGGGGAAGUUCGAGGACAUGGCCAAGCAGGACAAGGUGCGCUACGACCAGGAGAUGCAGCACUACAUGCCAGGGAAGAAGGGCAAGAAGAAGGACCCCAACGCACCCAAGAGACCCCCAUCUGGGUUCUUCAUCUUCUGCUCGGACCACCGGCCCAAGAUCAAGGCCCAGCACCCUAGCCUGGGCAUCGGGGACGUGGCCAAGAAACUGGGGGAGCAGUGGAACAACCUGACAGAUGCCACCAAGCAGCCCUACCUGCAGAAGGCCAACAAGCUCAAGGAUAAGUACCAGAAGGAUGUUGCCGACUACAAGUCAAAGGGCAAGGUGGGAGCUAGCGUGCCCAUGGCUCCCAAGCCCGUGGUGAAGAACAACAUGGACGAUGAUGAUGACGAUGAUGACGAUGAGGAGGAGGACGAAGAGGAAGACGAUGAUGAUGAUGAGGAUGACGAGUAGAUGGGCCGUUCUCUGAUUGGUGGAUCACGAUGAUGAUGAUGAUGAUGUUUAAUAUUAUUACGAUGACUAUUAUUACUAUUGAUGCAUUUUUCUUUCCAGUUGAAAUGCGGUAGGGUUUAGGGAAACACAGGAAAACACAUUUUUUUGCGUUGCUCCUCCUCCUCCUCCUCUUCUCUGCCAUCUCUGAUGUUGUUUAUGUUGUCGUUGUUGUUUGUGUCUCUGCUCCUGACGUUCUCUUGGUAAACAACCAGUAAACAUUGACUGGAGGUCAGAGCUGAAAGACAGAGAGAACUGGAUGCAGACCAGGCGUGCGUGUGUGUCAAUGUACACACACGUGUGUGUGAUUGUGUGUGAGUGUGUGUGUAGUCUAUCCCAUUUCACCAGCAUUGUCCAGUGUCUUCCCUUCACCCUUCAAGCAUUCUCCUGCUGGUUGUAUAUCGAGCAGCAUUUAAAACAAGUGGUAGCAAAACGGUUAAGAAAUAUAAACACCUUUUUGUUUUAUAUAAAAUAAUGUGCAAGGUGGUGUGUGUGUGUUACUGUAUAUGGUUGACUAGACUAGCCUGUGUUAUUUUUUAUUUUUCCUUGUUUUUAUUAUUGUUUUUAUCGUUUCAUAAUCCUCGGCUUGUGAGUCUGAUUGCACAUAUCUAGGAGUUGUAGAUGGCAGUGUGUGUGUGCUGGAGAGUGUGUGUCUGUGUGUACCUGAAUUGUCAGGUACAUUACAGAUCACACUUAAACAACAGGGUGCUGCUUAGAAUGGGUUGUAACGUUAGGAAGAACAAUGCAGAACCUCGUGGAACCCUUUUCAACACCCUAAGGGGAAUUUCGGAACCUUAUAACUGUUCUGGGUGGAACCUUACCUUGCUGAAAGUGAAAAGGAACCGAUCCUUUUUCUCCAAAAGGUUCUGCUGUUCUGACGACCGGUUCCACGCGCCGCUCUCUUCGUUUGCAGAGUGUCACCUCACAGUCUCCUCUCCAUCCACGAGCCAAGUUUGAAAUCCAUCCUCUACUGUAAACCCACGUGCAGCGCUGCCUGCAGGGGCAGAAGCAUGUUCCACGGACGCGGCUGCCGCAAUCCUCGCCUGUGCGCGAUUUGUGAUCAAUCAAAGCAUGGGUAGAGAGAGGAAGGGAAGGAUGGUGUUUCACACAGGCCCGAAGUGCGUGCGUGUGCGCGCGCCGCUGACUCACAGACAGCCAUGGUAACACUACAGCUCUUCUCGUUCCAGCGUCUUUGGGUUGUUUACCUUGAAGACGUACAACACAGGAGCUAGAUAACCAGUAGGUUGUUACAAGGUGAUGGAUAACCUGUAGGUUGUUACAAGGUAAUAGACACUUUUGUUUUCCCCUUAUUUGGCUAAGUGCAUUUUUGUUGUGUGUGUGUGUGUGUGGGGUGGGGGGGUUAACGUUAACCGUGCGCUGUAAUUAGAUCUCGCUAAAAACGACUCCCAGUGUGUGAAAUGAAUCGGCGAGGAAAGCCGUCGGUGGUGAAAUCUGUACUUAUCUGUAUAAUCGGAAAGAUUUGUUUUUUUCUUUUUUGUAUGUUUAGAAAGCUACGUUUGCAAUUAAAAAUAUGACAUUUUUA